AUCAGCGGGUAGUGAAAGAAGACAAGAUCCUACAUGGAAAUAUAUUUCAUUGGUUGACGAAGGAAAUGCCAAUAAACAUAAGUGCAUAUUUUAUAACAAAAUCACAAAUGGCGGCAUAUCUCGACAAAAAGAACAUCUAAUCAGGACGGAUAGGAAACGCAAAAAUGUGAGUCUUUGUCAAAAAGUCCCUCCCGAUGUGGUUGAAGAGCUUAAAGAUUAUGAAGAAAGGCAAAAGAUAGCUAAAAGACAACAAGCUAUUGAUGAAUAUCUCCCUGAACUUGGAGAUGGGAACAUGUGGAAAUUGAUGAUGAGGAGGAAUAAGAUGAACAAGUACUAGAACGUAGAGAUAGAGGAAAAGGCCCGACAGUUUCUAGGUCAUCUUCGGUAACGGCAAGAGGAAGAGGGAGUGUUGGCUUGCACAGUGUGGGAUCUUCUAUAGGCCCAAAGAGGAAGGGGCCGAUGGAUGCAUUUCUUACAUUCGAUCUCGCUCUAGAGGUCGCCAAGGAUGAAAGAAGGUACAAGUUGAGGCAAUCGUGUAUUGAAGAAAGCCUCAAUAAAGAUGCAGUGGCUAAAGUGUAUCAAGACAUAGCUCGGUGGUGGUAUCAAGCUGGCAUUCCCUUUAAUGCCGCUCGUCUUAGAUUUUUUAAAAUCAUGUUAAAGUCUGUAGGGGCUUUUGGGCCUAACUUGUCUCCUCCGACAUUACACCAUUUGAGAGAACCUUUGCUUAGGAAGGAGAAAAAAAUACAUCGAUGAUCUGAUACAACCUCAUAAAGAGGUGUGAGCUACAAAAGGUUGUUCUUUCAUGUUAGAUGGUUGGAGUGACAGAAAAGGGAGGACAUUGAUCAACUUUCUUGUGAACUCUCCUCAUGGUACGAUGUUUCUUUCCUCUAUUGAUGCUUCUGAUGAGAUCAAGACGGGUGAUAGAAUGUUUGAGAUACUUAGCGAGCAGAUUAAGCUCAUAGGACCUCAGAAUGUGGUUCAGAUCGUCACGGAUAACCAUUCUAGUCUCAAAUAUGCAGGUAAAUUUUAAGCAAUUAAUUUUAUUUUGGUUAUGAAUCCUUUGCUAAUGCUAUGUUAGGAUGCUCAGAUAUUGAUCUUUUUUUUAUUCUUUUAUUUAUAGGAGCGGAAUAGGAAAAAGAGUAUCCUCAUUUAUAUUGUACUCCUUGUGCUGCUCAUUGUAUUAAUCUCAUGCUCAAGGAUAUUGGUAAACUACCAUCUGUGAAGUUAACAUUGAGUCGAGCUAUGGAGUUGACUGUAUUCAUCUACUCACAUGCGUGGGUUUUGAAGCUGAUGAGAGGUCAAACUAAUGGCAGAGAGCUUCUUAGACCAGUGGUGACACAAUUUGCCACAUCAUUUAUGACUUUGUCAAUCAUCCAUCGACAGAAAAAUAACCUCAGAAAGAUAUUUAAUUUGGAGACAUGGAGACAAAGUAAGUAGCAAGAGAUUCAAAGGGCGAAUCAGCUGAAAGGAUAGUUCAUAUACUAUCUUUCUGGAACAACAUUGUUCGUAUUCUCAAGCUGACGGCUCCUCUAUUUGGUGUUCUGAAACUUAUUGAUGGUGAUAAGAAGCCUGCUAUGAGAUAUAAUUAUGAGGCUAUGGAUAGAGCUAAGGAGGUUAUUGCUAAAGCCUUUAGUGAUGAUUCAACAAAAUAUUCUGAGGUAUUUGAUAUUAUUGAUAAGAGGUGGCAGGAUCAACUUCAUCGGCCUUUACAUGCUGCAGGAUAUUACCUCAAUCCUGCAUUUUUCAAUGACCAUCCAAACAUCCAAGGGGAUGACGAAGUUAUGAGAGGUCUUUAUCAAGUCAUUGAGAAGAUGGUGCCCACACAAGACCAAGACAAGGUUGAUAGACAGUUAGAUAUAUACAGGUAUGCUGGAGGUCUUUUUGGUAUGGAGAUAGCUAAGAGAAACAGAAAGAAGAAGUCUCCAGCUGAUUGGUGGGAGUCUUAUGGUGCAUCAGCACCAGAGUUGCAGAAGCUUGCUGUUAGAGUCCUCAGCCUUACUUGUAGCUCCUCUGGCUGUGAAAGAAAUUGGAGUAUUUUUGAGCAAAUACACACCAAGAAGAAUAAAUUGGAUCAUAAAAGGUUGCAAGAUCUAGUUUACUGCAAGUACAACCAAGCUUUGAAGGAGAGAUAUGACUGCAGAGAUACUAUUGAUCCGAUUAAGCUGGCUGAUAUAGAUGAAAGCAAUGAGUGGUUGUUAGGGCAGUUUGGUGAAGGUGAAAAUGCAGAGAAUGACCUGGUGGAGGGCGAGGAUAACCUUACAUAUGGUGUCGUAGGAGAUGCGAUGGGAGCUGAAGAAGAUGAUGCUAUGUAUCUAAGAUCGACUAGUAGGUUUCGAGGAUCUUUGAGUGGUAUUGGUUCAUCGUCGAGGAGGGAGCCAGUUUCUGAGUCGGAAGAUGAAGAGGAGUUUAAUGAUGAGGAGGAGACUGAAGAGGAGGAUAUACCCUUAGAAGAGGAUGAUGAUGAUGUUAAUGAGGACGAUUAGUCAUUUGAGUCAUUAGGCUAUUAUUUUGCUACUUAUUUGCUUUGUUUAAUUAGAUUGCUUGCUUUGCUUUAAUGUUAGUGAACUCCUUAAGUGUUCUAGUUGCUUUGUUUUUUUUUGU